AUGUCUGCAUUUCCAGAGCUCGAUGACAAGGUGAGAGAAUUGAAACAGUUCGAUGAAACCAAGGUAGGCGUAAGAGGACUCGUGGAUUCUGGGGCAGCAAAGAUCCCAAGAAUUUUCAUCUGUCCACCUGAGAGUCGUCCAGAGGCUAGAAGAACAACCAGAAAUGCUGGCAGCAAUAGUCCCCUACCGCAGGUUCCCACCAUAGAUCUUGAGGGCUCUGAGAUCCCAUCAAGAAGGGCUGAAAUUGUUGAUGAAAUCCGUCAGGCAUUGCAGACCUGGGGUUUCUUCCAAAUGGUUAAUCAUGGGAUUCCCACCGGUGUGUUGGAUAACUUGUUGAGAAGCACCAGGGAAUUUCACGAGCAACCGAAGGAAAUGAGGAUGGAAUUCUACACCCGAGAUAGUACCAGGAAGGUGAAAUAUUAUUCCACCGGGGAUCUUUAUCAAACCAAAACUGCUCAAUGGAGAGAUACCCUGUCAUGUGACUUCGACGACACCAGCAAAAUCGAUCUGGAAAGCUUCCCUAAAAUUUGCAGAAAAGAAAUUGGAGAUUAUCUCAAUCGCUUGAAUGGAUUGAAAAACCUGCUGGCUGAAUUAUUGUCUGAAGCACUAGGCCUAUCCAGCAACCACCUUGCCAGUUUGGAAUGCUUCGACAUCCAGAGACUUUUAUGUCAUUAUUAUCCACCAUGUCCAGAGCCUGAAUUGACCAUAGGCAUAAUGAAACACUCCGACCCGUAUAUCCUCACAAUCCUCUUGCAAGAUAACAUUGGUGGUCUCCAAAUCUUGCACAAGAACCAAUGGGUGGAUGUAACUCCUGUUCAGGGAUCCCUUUUGGUAAACGCUGGAGAUCUAUUGCAGCUGAUUACCAACGAUCAUUUCAAGAGUGUGGAACAUAGAGUAGUAGCCACAAGAGCUGGUCCAAGAAUUUCAGCUGCAUGCUUCAUUUACCCAAGAAACAAGAAUCAAUCCAAGCCAUACGGGCCAGUGAAGGAGCUUCUAUCCGACAAGAAUCCGCAGAUAUACAGGGAAACCAGCUUCCUUGAUUACAUCCACUAUUUUGGUUCUAAAGGCCUUGAUGGUGUCAAGGCCCUUCCUCAUUUCCAAUUGAUAAGCGCAAACGAGUAG